AUGGCGGUAGGAUUCUCCGCCGCCAUAACCUUGAAGCCCUUCCUCCGCUACCACCACCCCCACUUUCCCAAACCAAUUCCAGCCACACUUCCUUUCUCUCCCUUGAGAAUUUCCCACCACACAUCCUUCUUGAAGACCCAAAAGUUGUCACCUUUCACUGUCUCUGUCCUAACGCAGGACCCCAAAAAAAGCACCCACAUGGAAAUUGAGGACCAGGAGCAGCCAUCACCUUCUCCUCCACAAGUCUUGUCACCAAAGUUGGCGGAGAAGUUGGCCAGAAAAGAGUCCGAGAGGUUUACCUACCUCGUCGCUGCUGUCAUGUCCAGCUUCGGGGUCACAUCCAUGGCAGUGCUUGCUGUUUAUUACAGAUUCGCGUGGCAAAUGGAGGGUGGAGAAGUGCCUUGGUCUGAAAUGUUUGGCACAUUUGCUCUGUCAGUGGGUGCUGCUGUGGGAAUGGAGUUUUGGGCUAGAUGGGCUCAUAAAGCUCUCUGGCAUGCUUCCUUGUGGCAGAUGCAUGAGUCCCACCAUCGACCAAGAGAAGGACCCUUCGAACUGAACGAUGUAUUUGCCAUAAUCAAUGCUGUCCCUGCCAUCGCUCUCCUUUCCUACGGUUUCUUUCACAAGGGACUCAUCCCUGGCCUUUGCUUCGGUGCGGGUCUUGGAAUUACUGUCUUUGGGAUGGCCUACAUGUUUGUACACGAUGGCUUGGUUCAUAAGAGAUUCCCUGUGGGCCCCAUUGCCAACGUGCCCUAUUUCAGAAGAGUGGCUUCUGCUCACCAACUUCACCAUUCAGAAAAAUUUGAUGGUGUGCCGUAUGGGCUGUUUAUGGGACCAAAGGAAGUUGAAGAAGUGGGAGGGCUAGAAGAGCUGGAGAAAGAGAUAAGUAGGAGAGCAAGAUCAUACAAAAACAGUUCAUCAUAAAAGCUAUUACAAAUCCUUAGCUGUUUCAAAGAAUCACCAUUGUAAAGCAGAAAUGUGAAAUAAAUUGAUCCAAAAAAUUUUGCUUGCAUAUA